AUGAAGCUGAACGAUGACCCCAUGACCCGCCCGCGCGUCCUCAACCGCGAGUGGACGGGCCGCAAGCCAUCUCUCUCCAAGGCAACCUCGUUGCCCGUAUUGGCUCUCGUGCCCGAUAAUAGACCGCUAUUCACUUGUGCUAAAUGUGGGUUCACAAACCGGUACCCUAUCGUGCCAAUAUGCCUAUUUUGCGCCUGGACGACACCCGAGGCCAUCGCCGCGUUUGAGAGUGCGCUGAGCCGAGUGCGCCGCCGUCGCAUUAGCGGGCCCGCACCCGCGCCCGUGUCAAACGCGACGCCCGAUGCGAUCAAAUACGAUGCCAAAUGCGGCAAGUUGAACUCGAAUGGCGGUACAUUCACGAAAGAUACCGAGUCGAUGCAGAUCGUUGCAAGCCUCGAUCGGGUCGUGGCCAUCGGACGCGGAAAUAUCGCCCGAGCGCGCAGAAAGCGACUCCCGCAUCCGUGUUUGCCUCCGCCCACCACCACCAAAUCUGCAAGAACACCAGAGUCGGCUGGUUCUGGCGCGAAGCCGGCGGACGCUAUGGCAGGCUCGCGUGGGAAACGCCGACGGCCCGAAGGCUUCGAUUCUGCCCACCUUGGCGGCGAUGACCGUCCGAGCACGGCGCCUCAGCCUGCUCCUUCCCUCGCGCCGCCAGAAAUGGCUGCGCGCAUGCGCAAACGGUCCUCUCAGUCCCUGCGUGACCGUUCCCCGCCGUCGACCAUCAAGCGGUCUGCGCCGCCGUCAUCCUCUGGCAUACCCUCAUCGCAAACAUCUCGCGCACCGUCACCCGAACCGAGGCUGGGUAGUACCGAGCGGCCAUACUACACUGCUAUACGCAAGAACAUGUCGCGCCCGACCACCCCGUUUAUACCCACGCCGUCAUCCUCGCCGCCUCCUGCAGCUUACAUGCCUACGCGUAUGAGCGCGGAGAACGCGUCCAGUCCCGAACCGUCACCCAACAUGCGUCCAAGCGCGGACUAUAUGGGAACGACGCGUAUCAGCCCCGAGUUCGGGGGACACGUUGUCCGGCCCAGCGCGGACUACGCAACGUACUCGCGUAUGAGCGGCAGUAGCUCACUUCCUCCACGUCGACCUGGAGGCUCCGUAUCUGGAGAGAUGGAGUUGCGCAUGGCGCUCGCAGCGCGCCGUUCAGAGGAAGGUCCACCCGCUGGCGCGCGUCAAGAAUACGUCUUCCGUGAAACCCCGGCGCCUCCUCAGCCACCGCGCCGCCCCAGUCGCUUGCGUCGCAUAGUUCGCAGCAUGUUCUUUGGCGGACGCGCCAUCGGCCCACCCCCCAAAGGCAAAAGUUGA